AUGUCCCAGGGAAUAGGCUUGGAGAAUCACACUACUGGAUCUGGAUUCAUCCUGCUGGGGUUUUCUGAGCUCUGCAGCCUGCAGAGCCUGUGCUUCACAACAUUCCUGGUCAUCUACCUCAUGAUACUCACAGGCAAUAGCCUGAUUGUGCUCAUCACAGUGGUGGACCCAAGGCUCCACAACCCCAUGUAUUUCUUCCUGAGGAACUUGUCCCUCCUGGAGAUCUGCUACACAUCAGUCACUCUGCCAAACAUGCUGCUAGCCCUGCUGCUGGCAGAUGGCAGCAUCUCCUUCCUUGGCUGCGCUGCCCAGCUGUAUUUCAUGGAUUCACUGGGCAGCAUUGAAUGCCUUGUCCUGGCUGCCAUGGCCUACGACCGCUACACAGCUGUCUGUGACCCCCUGCACUACACCCUCAUCAUGAGCAGGGGGCUCUGCAUCAGGCUGCUGCUGGGCUCCUGGAUGAUUGUCCUACCGCUGCAAGCAGGACAGACCUACCAAGUGUUCACUCUACCCUUCUGUGCAUCCCAUCAACUUCAUCACUUCUUCUGUGAUGUGCCCCCUCUCCUGGAACUAGCCUGUGCAGACAUCUUCUGGAACCAAGUGGUGAUGUACACAAUCAUCCUGGGAUUUGUGAUCCUUCCCUUCUCCUUAAUACUAAUUUCUUAUAUUAAAAUCAUCAGGGCAGUGCUGAAAAUGUCUUCAGCUCUGGGCAGACACAAAACCUUUUCCACCUGCUUUUCACACCUCGUGGUGGUGACACUCUUCUAUGGCUCAGCCAUAGUGGUCUACUUAAAGAGACACUCAAGGGAUUCUGCAGAUACCGACAUGUACCUGGCCCUGCUUUACACUGUUGUGACCCCCAUGUUUAACCCUCUCAUCUACAGUCUGAGGAAUAAAGAAGUGAGAACUGCCUUGAAGAAACUCCUGUGGACAAAGCAAUGCCACAGAGUACCUAAAAUAGUCCCAGGUAGUGCCACUGUCAUAGACUGA